GGGAAAAUAUUUUCUCUCCUAGGUGAUAAAAUCUCAGGUUGGCACAGGCAGCUCCUUGUCCAUUGGCAGACAGAGACCUGAACUGAGCAUCAUGUGCCGAGUGAGUGAAGGCACUCUAGCUUGCUUCUGAUUGGAGAAAUUCAAGGUGUUACCAGCAUCCCCUGUUACAACCGUCCCCGGUCUCACUCUGGCGGGUGUUAUGGUGCUUUACCAGAGAGCAAGCAACUUGCACCGUGCUGUAACCCUGUUCACGCUAAUCCAGAAACAAGUGCAGCAGCAGCCUCGCGUGCUCUGUGUGCGGUACUCGCGCUGCAAUCGAGUUCCUGUCUUGCGGGUGGUGCCUCCUGCAUGCCUAAGCGUUACACUAUAAAAAGCGUCCCGAGGUUUGAUCUCCACAGAUCACUGAGCAUGUCUGCUAGGGGCGACUCUCAAUGCUUGGAAAAAGGACUGGCAAAGGGACCCUUGGAUCUGCAAGCAUGCUGGACACCUGAGAUCUCACAGCACACAUACAAAAUGUGCGGGUUUUUUUUUCAUUAGACCUUAGCUGCAUUGGAACCGGUCUGCUAUUUGGAUAUUAAUGCAAGUUGUUGCUUUACAAGAGAGGGAAAAAAAUACGGAUUUUUUUAUACGUUUUUUUUUUCUUUUCAUUUUUUCCUUUGUCUUUUGCAUGACAUUUAUAUUUCGUUUCUGUUGGAUAGUUGUAAUUUCGUUGUAAUAAUUAAUUUUCUCUCCUGGAGCUAUUGUGGCAUGGCUAGUGUGUUAUUGAUGGAUCUGGUGGUUUGGUUGCUAAUAGGACUAACAGCUACGUUUGCAAAAGGUUCUCCACCUCCCAAUUCCGGAUUCAGCGAACCCAGUUUGACACAGCAGGCGGGACACGAGGCGACCCCAGUGAACACAGUGGACACCAGCUCCGCUCUGGGUCGCGGUGUAGCCAACGGGUCGUCGCCGGGGAGUAAUCUGGGCGAGAAGAUUUCGAGCACGGGCAGCGAGUUUACAGCACCUCGCAGGAGAUCCAAACGCUGUACUUGUUACACCUACAAAGACAAAGAAUGCGUUUAUUACUGUCAUCUAGACAUCAUCUGGAUCAACACACCCGAACGCACAGUCCCCUACGGCCUCUCCAGUUACCGGGGCUCACUGAGGAUGAAACGCUCUGUGGAGCACAUGCAGAGUGAGGGGCGAGCUGGGGCGGGCUCCCCCCGGUGUUCCUGUGUGGAGAGGGGGGACCCCCACUGUGAAAGCUUCUGUAGGGAAAGGUAUAAAGGAGACGCAGCGCAGCAGAAGAGACUGAGAGGGGAGAGCUUUCUGGCGACAGACAGCCGGACAGGACUCUUCACUGCGGCACACAGGCAUUUGAAGUGGAGGCAGAGGGCUCCCUUCGUUCAGUAGGGCACGCCCUCCCCAGAGUCCAGCCAGCCCUGCGCUCCAAACACACACGCUCUUCAAAGCUUUACUCUUCCUCCGAGCUCAGCUAACUGGCCACAAAAAAGGACGAAAGUUUGGAACGUAAGAGACUGGCCCUCCGAAAGGCCCCUGUAUAUUUCUGAAUGCACCGAAAUGGCUCAAACGGGCACCAACCAAAUCGGCUGGUAAUGGCUGGAACUCACUGAUAAUCUUUCCCAGCACCCUCUCUGGACAGGGCUGCACUGCGGUCACACUGAGGUAUGGCAAGCAUCCUCUGGGAGCGGGGUUACUCAGGACUCAAAAUGAGCGCUAGUUAUUCACUGCAGGGAUUGUAUAAUGGGAUGCAGUUUAUAACUUGUGAACCGCAACGGAUAUCUGUCUUUUGGAGCCUUUGACCUACCUGACCAGAAUGCUAGCUGUGUGUGCUACAAAACACGAGCAUCACAGCACAUGCAUUCAUACGCACUGCUACUGUUAAGGAUCAUCAGGUCUGAUGGAGUAUGUGUCAUCUCCUCUUCACUGCCAGGAUGUUUCAGCUCAAUAUACUGAGCCUUUGUGUGCUGCCUGCCUUAUAAGGGUAUAUCAACUUGAAAUAUAUAAAUAUAUAUAUCAUACAAAUGUUCACAUUAACAAGUAUAUGGGCAUAGAUACAGCAUAUAACCUGUGGGAUCCAGAUUACGUCUGGAAUACAGUGCCUUUUUAUUUCCUUAUUUGUUGUUCCUGGUGUCGUAUGUAUGUAUUGUAAAGCCUAAUGUACAGUCAGUUGCAAUGCCAAAAGAAACUUCAUUAAAUUCUGUGGCAAAUGUUUUGACUAGAAGUCUUUCUCUGUGUCUUCAGAGAGACUUCUAGUCGAAACAUUGGUCAAAGAGGUUUGUUUUUAGUAUUACUUCAUAUUCUAUCACUGAAAAUGUUUGUAUAGUUAUGGAUAAGACUAAUAUAAUAAGUAGCCCCUCAUAGGCAACAUAUAUUAAUCAUUAUGUGUAAUGCAGAGCCUGGUCAAACCUCCUUUACUGCAAAAUAACUGCAGCAAAGACCCAAUUUAUCGGUGAAAACAACAAGAUGCAAAAUGGGCAGUGUUCUUUCCUAUUGUGCUAUUUCUCAGAUUAGUCUGCAAUACAGUAUAUGUGCAAUCUAUGAAACUAUUAUUAUUCACCUUCCUUAACACACAAACACAAACAUCACACCCUGUACCUGUAUACUAGAUAAGGUUAGAGUGGGCAUCCAACACAUGUGCCUGUGUAAUAGCUAGGGUUAGAGUGGUCCAGUCCAGCACAGCACCGAAGGCUGCUUUAGAUACUAGGCUUGGGUGUGUUGUGAAGAACAGCUAUGGCUGGAUGCAAACUACUUGUGCCCAAUCCGGUUGACCUUGCUGGUAAACAAGUCUGCAGACGCCUGCCCUUUCUGCAUCCUAUUAUCCUAUUACUAAUAUUGUUAUAAUAAAUGUUUUGUAUAUAAAAAA